GCUUCCUGCUGUCUCAUGCGGUCGGCCACCUGGGAGUGCUGCCCUCGCGCCUCCGGGAAGAGCCUAGAAGAGAAACUAAGGACGUCAUCAGAUUCCGAGCUGCUGCUGGAUAUUCUGCAGAAGACAGUGAAACAUCCUGUGUGUAUAAGGCACCCACCGUCGGUGAAGUACACCCAGAGCUUUCUCUUGGAGCUCAUCAAAAAGCACGAGGUUGUCCACGCAGAGCCUUUGGACGAGCUGUACGAGGCGCUGGCAGAGGUCCUGACCACAGAGGAGCCCACCCAGUGCCACCGAAGCUAUGUGCUGCCUUCGGGAGAUUUAGUCACCCUCUCAGAGAGCACAGCCAUCGUUUCCCACGGCACCACGGGCCUGGUCACGUGGGAUGCAGCCCUCUACCUCGCAGAGUGGGCCAUGGAGAACCCAGCAGCCUUCAGGCACAGGACUGUGCUAGAGCUGGGCAGUGGCGCUGGCCUCACAGGUGUGGUCAUCUGCAAGACAUGCCACCCCCGAGCAUACACCUUCAGUGACUGUCACAGCCGUGUCCUCGAGCAGCUCCGAGGAAACGUGCUUCUCAACAGCCUCCCACUGGAACCGGAGGCCACUGCCGACUCAGAGAGCCCCCUGGUGACGGUGGCCCAGCUGGACUGGGAUGAGGCAACGGUCCCUCAGCUCUCCGCCUUCCAGCCAGACAUUGUCAUCGCAGCAGACGUGCUGUACUGCCCAGAAGUGACCCUCGCACUGGUCGGGGUCCUGCAGAGGCUCUCCGCCUGCCAGAGGGACCGGGUUCCUGACGUCUAUGUGGCCUGCACCAUGCGCAACCCAGAGACCUACCAGCUGUUCACCACCGAGCUAGGCCGGGCCGCGAUCCGCUGGGAGGCAAUGCCUCCUCACAGCCAGAAACUGUUCCCCUAUGAAGAGCACUUGGAGAUGGCAGUCCUGAGACUCCUGCUGUAGCUUCGCCAUUUGAACAUGUGAAGAUGAAGUCACUGCAGUGGGAAGAGCUUUCACGGGGAAAGCUGAUAAAACUUCCUUUGGACUUGAGUGAAGAAUGCCACAUGCCAAGUCAGGAAACAAACUAUCCUGACGGAGUAAGACUGAGCUGUGGGUGCCCCUCCAGUCCUCAGCUCUGGUUUGUGAGGAAAUCGCCAUCUGCCCGAAACCAGGCUUUGACUCAAAAGCAAGAACUGCCUUCAUAAAAAAUAAAAACAUCUUUAACAAA